AUGAUUUGUACCGUCUCGGAUUCCGUGGCAUCGUUCCUGUCUGAGGCGGCGAACCGACAGCGGCUGCGGGCCCUGGCACAGGAGCUUGCAAAAAAACGUGGCAGCCAAGCGGCUGCGCCGGCGGCAUCUGCUUGGAAGGCACGGCUGACGCCAGCCCCUGCAGAGGAGAAAGUUGCUGUGGAGGUUGGCAACCAGGGGGAUGGGCUCUUGGACGACUUCGUAGCCCGAUCGAAGGUGGCUGUCGAGAGCAAGGACAGCCCCCAACCGAAGCAGAAGAACGGAGGCGCAGAAGCCGACGAGCGGAGGAAGAAGAAGGUGAAGAAGGAGAAAAGGAGGCGGAAAGAGGCCGAAGCGGGCCUGGAAGAGCAGGAGCCGCCGACGGACCAGCUUGCACUGACCGAGGAGGAGGAGGAGACGGAGGAGAACUGGCACCUCGAUGAGGACGAGGAGUAUGUGCAGACGGAGGAAGCCGAGCAGUCGGGAGAGCCUGCGGAGGAGGAGCCGAAACCCAAGAAGAAAAAGAAGAAGAGUCGGGAAGGUGAGCCGGCAGAGAAGGCCGAAAAGAGCGGCAAAGCUUCGAAGGCGAGCAAGAGGAAGACGAAAGCCGAGAAGCCAAAGGCACGUGUGAAGAAGAAAGAGCCGAAGACGGAGAAGGUGAAGAAGAAGGUCAGUGAGGAGGGCGGCGGCGAAGCAGAACAGGAG